AUGAACGUGGCCGUCAUGUUCAGCGACUUCGCUUUUGUGCCAUUUCUCCGUCAAGGAGCGUUUCUUUUGAGCUCUUUGAUCGACAAAGUUCUGUUUUUGCUGCUGGCAACAAUUUGGUUUCUACAAGACGUGCGCGAGCUGAUUCUAACCAGCGUCGAUGCUUUCCUGCUGCUUCUCAGUCAAGAAACGUUCGGUUCGAGGCCGUUAAUCAAAACGCUCACAGUUCUCGUGCCGGCAGAGAUUCAACUUUUGGUAGUCGUGCACGAGCUGGAUAUGGUCAGCGUCGGGGUUUCCGUGCUAAUUCUCGGACAAGAAUCGUCCGCUUCGAGGCUGUACAUCAAAACGCUCGGAGUUCUGAUGUGGGUCUUCUAUUUAAUUAGGUUCCGUUGUGAAUUCGCUUUGGAGCUGUGCACCAAAGUUAUAGCUUCGUUGUUGGUGCGUAUUAGUUUAUCUUGCCCGUCUGAAAUAAAAUGCUCAAGUUAAGG